CCGUGUUCCAGCGUUCCCCGUGUUUUAUGCCCGAGCAAUCUUAAAAUUACGGAUAUUUUCGGUUUUCCAUGGUUGAAGCGAGGGAGCAAAAGCCCCCGGACGAUGGUUGUACAUUUGAAAUAAGAGCCAGUGGAGUAUUAUGAUGGCGUCAAAAGCCCAUGUGGACAGUACUGUGAAUGAACGUCGUCUUCGUCCGAUAUACGAUUGGCUGGACAAUGGGAGCAAUAAAAAGGCACUCCAGGAGGCGGACAAGGUCCUCAGGAAGCAGCCGACUAAUCAGUGUGCCAGGGUACUCAAGGCCCUGGCCCUCUUGAGACUGGGGAAGGAGGACGAGUGUCAGAAUAUAAUGGAACAGGUCCGCUUCGAAGUUCCCUGCGAGGACUCCACUCUCCAAGCCAUGAGCAUCUGCUACAAGGAGAUCCACCAGCCCGAGAAGAUCCGCGAGGUCUACGAAGCAGCAGCGAAGGCAGAUCCCCACAACGAGGAGCUCCUGACGCACCUGUUCAUGGCCUACGUCCGCCUGGGAGACUUCAGGAAGCAGCAGCAAACAGCCCUGGCGCUCUACAAGCUGAAGCCCAAGAACCCCUACUACUUCUGGGCAGUGAUGAGCGUCGUGAUGCAGGCGAUCCAAGCAGACGACAAACUCGCGAAAGACGUGAUCCUCCCCCUGGCAGAGCGAAUGGUCCUGAAGCUGGUGAACGAGGACAAGCUGGAGGCCGAGCAGGAGGUCCAGCUGUACUUAAUGAUCCUCGAGCUCCAGGGGAAGGACGAGAGUGUCCUGGAGGUUCUCAACGGCCCCCUCUCCGACAAGCUCUCAGGGGUGCCCCAGCGAAGAGCCAGUCUACUUCUGAAACUCGAGAGACACGAGGAGGCAACGAAUGCCUUCAAAAAACUGAUAACCGAGGACUCCGACAACUGGGCGCACUAUUUAGAUUACUUAACAUCAGCCCUGCAGCACCAGAAGCCGACAGAGUGCCUGGAAUUCCUGGAUAAAAUAGGUGAGACCUCGUGGAAGAAGGUGAGAGGCCCUCAGUUGGGUAGAUUCGAGCUCCUGAAACGUUGCACUUCAGCUGAAAUUAAUUUGCGAGAGGUGAUUGACCCUGUGAAGCUCAUGAGAGGAUACUUCGAGCAGUUUGGGAACAAGGGCUGCAUCGUGGGGGACCUGAGGCUCUACCUGGACCUCCUGAGCGAGGACGAGAGGACUGAACUCUUCAGGGGAAUUUCAGAGGACGUUGGGGUGACUGAUGAGGUUUUACCGACGUCGACAGACCAAAUGCUGAGACACAUUCAUCUGGAGGAGCUCAGACGAAUCUGUGGGAUGCAUCACUCACCCAAUCUCGAUGCUCAGGGCAGGGAGAGUCUCGUUGAGCGACUCUGCAAGCUGUACGAAGUUGGAAACAAACUCUGUCCAUCUGACGAGAGAUUACCAACUGACUUCGCCCCCUUUGACUCGUACAUUCUUAUUGCCUCGCAUUUGCUGCUGCAGUUGUGGUACGAAAGCUCAGGGGCUGGAUAUCUUUACAGGGCUAUGAUGCUGCUGGAGAAGGGAUUGGCCACUAGUCCAGCCAAUUUUCAUUUGAAGAUAAUGCUCGUGAGGGCUUAUUUGGAGGCUGGGCUGAUUGGGGCUGCUAAUCAUGCUUAUGAACUGCUCGAUGUCAAGCAGAUUCAACUGGAUUCACUGGGGUAUCUUCAUGUACCUCUACUCGCUCCCAUGGGACAUCUGUCAGGGGCUGCCAGCGCUCUCGAUAAUGCUGUCAAGUUCUUCAUUGCUAAUUAUAAACACAGCGCUGAUCGCCUGACGUUUGCGUAUAAGUAUGGGAGCUUUGUGAAGAUUCAGGAGUUUGUGGAGUUGAGGGAGAGACUCGAGAAGUCCCUGCACUGGACUACGUCCACUGUUGAUAAAAUGCUGCUGGAGAUCAGCUGGUGCGAGAGCUGCAAAUCACUCUCUGGGACGCUGGCGACUAUGAGGAUACAGCCCCAUGAGGAUGCCAUCAGGUGGGAUUUGCUGCGGGACAAUAGAGACUUGGAGGUCGUGGUUGGAUGGGAGCCCCUCACGAAGAGCAAGGACCCUCGCAGAUACGAGGACACACGCGAGUGUAUGCUCGCGAUUUUAGCCGCUAGAAAUUUAAUCCUGAGGAUUAUCGCUGCGACUGCUGAGCAGGACUCGUCGUCCCUCCUCGCUAAAUUAUCGGGGGAACUGAAGAGUCUGGACAGCGAACGAGUGACAAAGUGUCUGGAGAAGUUCGAGGUUGAUAAGAGAAUCAGAGUGGACAAUCAAGUGAUUCCGUUGGACGCCGUCGAACGUUUGAAGGAGGCACACGAGUCGGGUCAGUUGAGAAUUAUAGCUAGACUGGCCGAAUCAUUUGCCAAAGUGUCGAGACCUGAUGAGGAGAGCAUUCAGGGAAUACAGAGUGCUGCGUGCUUGGAGCCACUCAGCGUUGGUGAGGGGAUUGUUAGUUAUAAGGAAUUCAUGCUCAGGGCUGCGACCUGUGGAGAGACUCUCGCGUUUCUAGGGGCCAUGUGUGUGGAGUACUCGAGUCAGUUUCAUCCGCAGAUUGGAAACAGGAGGAACAGAAAGAAGAGCCAUAACAAGGAAAUUUCAGCGAUUAACAACCAUGAUGUUCAGAGUUGGACAGAAAUUGGCCAUUUACUUGUCGAAAAAGCUCAAGGACUAGAGUCAGUCCUCACAAAUCUCGAGAAAAGAACCCCAGAAACGGGUCUCGACAUAGCUUUAUGCCAAUCAGCAAAUUCAGUUCUGGAACAUACUCAAGAGAGCAUUAAGGAUAGCUGUCGACUGCUGAAAUCCCGUCUGAGUCUCACCGUUAAACUCCUGAAUAGUCUUCGCAGCUGAAACUCCACCAUUUCAAUUGUACAAACUUUAUUCAGACUUGUGAGAGGAAAAAAUAUCGCUCAUUACCAUCCUAAAAGCCUCAUACUGUUAAUAACUUCAAUAAUGUGUACAUAAGCCUAGUAGGUACUUCGCUGUCAUCAAUGGAAAAAUUGGAAAAGAAAAAUGAAAGAUACGUA